UGUUAACUUAACCCGGAUGUACUUUAUCAUAGCUUUAGCCAUUUAGCUACAACCGAUGUGCGCAUGCAAACAAAACAGCAGCAGACGCCUUCAUCUAAUGUGAUCCUCUCCUGGCCCCUCACAUCCAGCCUUCAUCUAAUGUGAUCCUCUCCUGGCCCCUCACAUCCAGCCUUCAUCUAAUGUGAUCCUCUUCAGGCCCCUCACAUCCAGCCUUCAUCUAAUGUGAUCCUCUCCUGGCCCCUCACAUCCAGCCUUCAUCUAAUGUGAUCCUCUUCAGGCCCCUCUGUACUGAGACCAUGUCUAGCCAGACAGCAGAAAAGCAUGAUCUGCGCUUCGGUCAAGUGGUCAUCGGACCCCCAGGCUCAGGGAAGACAACCUACUGCCAAGGAAUGCAAGAGUUCCUCACUCAUCUGGGACGCAAGGUGGUUGUUGUAAACAUGGACCCAGCUAACGAAGGACUGCCCUACUCCUGUGGGGUGGAUAUUUCAGAGCUGGUCACUCUGGACGAUGUCAUGGACGGUGUGAAGCUUGGGCCAAAUGGAGGGCUCCUUUACUGUAUGGAGUAUGUUGAAGCCAAUCUGGACUGGUUGGAGAACAAGCUGAAGCAGCACAGUGACUGUUACUUUCUGUUUGACUGUCCUGGACAAGUGGAGCUGUACACACAUCAGAAUUCAGUAAAGAACAUUUUCUCACAGCUGGGAAAGUGGAAUUUCAGGCUGACAGCGGUACACCUCGUGGACUCUCAUUACUGCGCUGACCCAGCCAAGUUUAUAUCUGUGCUGUGUACGUCCCUGUCCACCAUGCUGCAUGUGGAGCUUCCUCAUGUCAACGUCCUCUCCAAGAUGGACUUGAUUGAACAGUAUGGCAAACUAGCUUUCAACCUUGAGUUCUACACAGAGGUCAUGGAUCUGACGUAUCUUCUCGAUCAUCUGGCUGCAGACCCCUUCUUCAAAAAAUUCUGCAAGCUGAAUGAGAAGUUGGCAGGGGUCAUUCAAGAUUAUGGUCUCGUCUCAUUUGUGCCACUUAAUGUUCAGGACAAAGAGAGCAUGAUUCAGGUCCUACGAACAGUGGACAAAGCCAAUGGCUACUGCUUUGGAGACCUGGAGGAAAGGAAUCUGCAGGCCAUGAUGUCAGCGGCUGUGGGGGCAGACUUCCAGUUCGACUCUACUCUCGGUGUGCAGGAGCGGUAUGUAGAAACCAGUAGAAAGACUGUGGCAGAGGAAAUGAUGGACCUUUAAUUUGAAGAGCCAAAAUAAAAGGAGGAAACUGCUGGCCUUUCACACCAGUGUAGAAGUGGAGUCUGACGCUUCAUGGUUGUACCACACCACAAAAAAAAAUCCCAAUGAGGUGGACUGAAGGGAAUGAGUGCUGUACUUUCUUUGGGUGAAGAUUUAAGUGAUGCUGGUGUUUCUUCACUGCUGUCUCUGUUGAAGAUGACAAGGACAUCUUUAAUAAAUGACAAUACAUUUAUUUUCCUCUGCAAAGCUCCUUAUUUAGUGUUUUUUGUAAUGAGUUUGUUGUAUUUACAAAGCACAUGUAAACAGUCAUUCAUCAUGAAACAAUAAAGUGACUCAUAUUGGUAUUA